CUCAGCUGGCGCCUCGCUCUGCGCGUGCGCGGCAUCCCUUCCGCUGUAGGUGCCGCGAGCGUUCCGGGCGGCGGCGGCGGCGGAGACGAGGAGGGGACAGCUCCGGGGUACAGCGGCUGCUGCGCGCGUGCGCAGAAGCGCCUCCGGGAAAAUGAAUCCGGGCACGGAGACCCGGAAGCCGCUGCGGGCCAGGAAGACGAUGGCUCUCAGCAACCGGAAGCAGGUGGAGCUUCUGGGCAAAAUGAAGGCUGUCCUGGCUGGCAAAGGAGCCGUGGGCGAGAAGAGGCCAGUGGAAGCCAUCGGGCCGUGCCCCGGGGCCCCGGACAAGCGAGAGCAGGCCGAGACCGGAGCCGGACAAGAGCCGCCCCCAGCCAAGGACCCCUUGGCCAGCUUGGUGGUCAAUUCCGAAAUCAGCAUUUAUAAGGACCCCCAGGAGAUGCAUAAGGAGCUCCCAAACCCGGAUGUCAAGCAGUUCUUGAACGCCGGCGCGUUACAGGACAUUCUUUGGCACUGGUAUGAAAAGGAGUCCGGCUCGCCCUUGCUGAAGCCGGUCAAAGUGUCCCUGGAAUCGGGACCGGCUGGGCAGCUUCCGGAUCAGCUUCCGAUAGCCUCUUCCACACACGAAAUCGCUGCUACAGAUGCUGUAGCCAAAACGCCGUUCUGCCAAACUCUUCCAGUAUUGCAGCCGGAGGAACGCCACUUCCAGGUGCCUGAAACGGACAGGACCCCUGCAGAGCCACUGGGAGACAGGCAGCGGAAGAGGGCAGCAUCCAACAGCGAGGAAGACGUCCUUUCCAAGCGCACCAAAGCAUCCGGGGACCCCGCGGAGGGGACCACUCCAACUGUGGAGAAAGCAGAGUCCCGGCUGGGAAAGGUCCAGCGCUUGAUUCAAAAUCAGCUGGAGGCCUCGAUGAGAGAACUGGACCAGGGUCUCCGGCACUUAAAUGAAAGAAUUGAUCACACACAGUGCCUGCGGAAACACGAAGGCAUUGCCAUUAAGAUUGUAAAGAAAAUCUCCAGACUGGACAGACACAUCAAUGCUGUGAUAUCGUUUCAGAGGACGGCGUUAUCCCAAAAGGUCCACCAGCCCAGGGCACUUGCUGAAGGUAAAAUAUUAAAUGGUGCCACCCUGCCUCCGAACACGGCUGUCGGCAAGCCGGUGCCACCAAAAAAGCCAACGUCCACCGAAAUCUUGUCUUCCAUCGCGGAAAGGUCGCCUGGUGCUGAUGUGGUCCCUUGCGUUGAGGUGCCGAAGCAAAGCUCGGGAGUACCGGCCGCUGGGGCUCCAGCUCAUCCACUGAAAGCAGCUGCUGGAUACGCAGACCCUCCAGGUGAACAGGAUGCCUUGGUGAUUGACUUAACAGAUGAAGAAAACAAUCCUGAUAAAGAAGAGAAGAAAAAACUUGCAGGAAGCACCCAGCUGGGCCAGGAGAGCCAGACAGAGAGCCUUCCCCAGCCGGCAGGACAAUCCCCAAGUCAGGUGCCCCCGAGGUUUUCCCACCUCCCUCCCUUGCCCAGCGUUGAGCCCAACCCAGCGCACUCCAAGGAUCUCAGAGAUACUCUGCCCCCCCAGAAGCUGGAGCUGGUGGUGGCUCAGGUGAACCAGCCCAAAGGCAUUGCCCUCCAGUGGAACAUCAGCCGAGUGGACCCCCGGUGCGCCCCCAUCGAGAGCUUCUCCUUGUUCAUCUGCCUGGAGGACCUCGGCAGCGGGACCACCUCUGAGUGGAGGAGGACCAGCGUCCUCAAGGCCCUCCCUCUGCCCAUGGCCUGCUCGCUCUCCCAGUUCCCCCGCCCGGCCAGGUGCUACUUCACCAUGCAGUCCAAGGACAUUCACGGGCGCUACGGACCUUUUUGCGAGGUCCAGUCCAUCUCGGCUCUCUAAAGGGAGCCAGCCUGUUUGGGGAGCAGCAGGACCUCCUCCCUAACCGGGCACAGCUUUUCCCAGGUUUUUUUUUAGGGGCAUUAUUUUCCCAGCUCGUUGUGUUGAAAACACCCCGGCCAGUUCUUGGUUGGCCAUUUUUUUCUCCGGCAGCAAGCUGGCAUCACCUGCGGGAGAACAUGAGAGAAAAGGCUCAGGAGGACGGCCUCCCACUCUGCAUGUCUCCAAAGGGAAUUUGAAGGUUUUCUCACUCCCCCCCCCCCCGAAUCAGCCUCAAGGCCUCCAAGAGGGGAAACUUUGCUUUUGUAUUGUUUUCAUCCUUUCACCAGCAAGAUGAGAGAGACGGAUGUUCUCUUGUCCAAAAUCCAAGUGGGUCAAAAAAAGUUUUUUUAAAAAAAAUAAAGUGCCUUUUCUGUUGGAUUUUCCUG